AGGCAAAAGAAUGGCCGCCGCGCUGAUGAUAUGGAUAGCGUACUUAAUGUUUGCUAUUAAAGCUGGCCCAUGCAAGGAAACCCAUCACUGUUCAGACUGUCACAACACGACGGGAUAUUGCCUCACUGAGUGUGACACUGGGUAUUAUGAUCAGAAAUGCAGGUCAGAGUGCAGUGAUAACUGUAUGAAUCACAAAUGCGUACUUGUCAGCAACGGCUUUUAUAACUGCACUGAGGGCUGUGUGCCAGGAUAUCAAGGCUUGGGUUGCACCAUACCAUGCGACAGUCCAGGAGGUAACUGUACAGCAUGUCCAGGUGGUUGUGAUGAAGGAUAUUGUCAGCUGGGCUCCUCCUGUGUGUCUGGAUGUGUAGACUCCUCGUACGGGACUGACUGUGUCGAGACACAUGUUGACCCAUGUAUGGAUAACCAUCACUGUUCAGACUGUGACAACACAACGGGACAUUGCCUCACUGAGUGUGACACUGGGUAUUUUGAUCAGAAAUGCAGCUCAAAUUGCAGUUAUAACUGUAAGAAUAAGAAGUGCACUCUUUUAAAUACCAAUACUGACACUGGUAACUGCACUGACGGCUGUGUGCCAGGAUAUCAAGGCUUGGAUUGCAACAUACCAUGUGACAAUCCAGGGGAUGGAUGCACAACAUGUCCAGGUGGUUGUGAUGAAGGAUAUUGUCAGCUGGGCUCAUCCUGUGUGUCUGGAUGUGUCGACUCCUACUACGGGACUGGUUGUCAUGAGAAACCUCGUGAUAACGGGGGACUGUUUACUGGACUAGCUAUAGGACUAGCUACAUCAUCUUUCCUGUUCAUCUUUACGAUCUCCCUGGUUGUGUACUGCCGAUAUUGUCAACGCUCGAGGAGAAACAGGUUUCAGCAGUACGUCACUCCUGUUCAGUGCACGCAUGUGUCACCAGAGGCCAUUGAUGCUCGAGAAUAUGCUGUCGUCGAUGAAGCAAAGAUGUAUGAUCCGCUCACUGGUGAGAGGCAGCCAGCACGUGCCAGUUGUUCUGGCUAUGACCAACUGAGGUCGGCACAGCAUGCAAACAUGUCACGUGACCUGGAACAUGCAGACACAGCAGAACCAGAAACGACAUCAAUGACGCGCGAGCAAGAACGUGCUACGUCAAGUGUUUAGGUUAAUGACGUUAUAUGAAUAUAUCACAGGCAGAGACAGCAGAACCAUAAACGACAUCAAUGAAUUGUGGGCUCAGAGUGUUUAGGUUCAUGACGAUAUAUAGAUUAAUGUAAAUAUAUAUAUCACAUAAAUUGAAACACAGCUGUAGCAGAAACCACGUCAGUGACACGUGAUAUCCACAACAAUAUACAAGUAAAGGAUACAGGUACAUAUGUUGUAAAUGUAUAUGUUUCACACAAGGUUGAUACCAAUUCAACACAUUGUUACUGGGGAACGUUGAUAUUCGAUGAUAUGAUUUUACAAUACCAAAUGAAGGUUUCAAUAUAAUCUAAUAUUUGGAUUUGAUCUUCCUUACUUAAAUACGAAUUUCGUUGACAAACCCAUACCUGGUAACCAAAGCGCUACACACUAAAGGAGGAUGGAGUAACAUCUAACCCAUCAAUAUCAAUAUCAGCUGUUUCAUCACAUCCCCGACAUAUGCUAUUGGUGAAAUAUUUGGAGAAACAGACCGCCUUGUCAGUGCUAUCUCAAAACGUAUGUUACAACAUGUCCAAUCCGUGCCCGGGCAUAAUCCUGCUACAAAUUGACGUUACAACGUUGCAUUUACACAAAGGGUCUAAGAUGGUAUCGAAACAAUGUCGUCCCUGUAGCUUACGACCUUCAAGUAACACCAAUGAGCCACACAAUAUCCAUUUCACUUCUGAACCCACACUGACAAAGUUGAUUUACGCAAGCGCCUCUAUUUUGUUCUCAUGGACGCCUGCAGACCAUUGCACGACCUUCAGAGUUGUCCAUAUGAAGAAUUGCCUCAUCCCAGUACACAGUCCCAGUACUGUCUGCACCAAGCAAGGCGUGUCUAGGAAGCAAAGAGGGUGAAAUCAGAGCAGGACGUUGUGCUCCCUCAACCAGUUUUCUAUUGUUCUGCAACGAAUUGAUCCCAACACAGGAAGUUUUCGAGCUGUUAAUGUGACAGUUUGUUGUCGAUCCUGUAGAUGCACAAAACGAAUAUUGAGGUCUUGUUGACGUGACAUCGCAUUGGAGCAUCGCCUCAUUGCAAGGAAUGAGUGUU